CCUCUCAAAAUAUAUAUGUAUAUGACUCAAAUGAGACUUCAAUGAGAUAAUAUAUAAAGGAGGGAGAGAGAGAAUUUUGAAGAAUUCAUUUCUCUGAAUUCUGGUAUUCUUUUGGUUUUUUUUAUUGGUUGCUACUGCUGCAAGCAUCAAGAUCAAAGAAUUUGGAUUGAUUAAGAUACUGAAAUAAAUCAAGAAAUAUGGUUAGUUAUGGAGAGACAACGCAGAAAUGCAAGGUAUGUGAAAAAAAAGUGUAUUUGGUGGAAGAACUCACUGCUGACAGCAAGGUCUAUCACAAGUUCUGUUUUAGAUGCCACCACUGCAAAGGCACCCUCAAGCUGAGUAAUUACUCUUCCUAUGAAGGCGUUGUGUACUGCAAACCUCAUUUCGAUCAGCUAUUCAAGAGGACCGGCAGCUUGAGUAAGAGCUUUAAAGGAGCUCCAAGAACUGCUAUAACUGACAGAUCUACUGAGCUGAACACAAAAAUGUCAAAUUUGUUUUCAGGAACUCAAGAUAAAUGCAUUGCUUGCGACAACAAAGUAUACCCUCUGGAAAAGGUAGCAGUUGAUGAGAAGCUGUACCACAAGGCUUGUUUCAAGUGCAGCCACGGCAGGUGUGUGAUAAGCCCUUCGAACUACGUUGCACACGAGCAACGCAUCUACUGCAGGCAUCACCACGCGCAGCUCUUCAUGCAGAAGGGCAACUUCAGCAAAUUGGACAGAUACGAUCCAUCUACCGCGGUAAAUGGGACGCAACCGAGCUUGCUUCACGACGUCGUCCAGACUGAAGCUACACCAAUGGCCUUAGAUCAAGAAACUCUUCCAUGAGGCAUUUGCUUGUGGUUUUUUUGCAUUAUAUCCUACAAAAUUUUUCUUAGUAAGAAUUGGCUUCUUGUGUGGGAUCUCAGAGUUCAUUUAAACUACAUUAAAUAGUUAGCACAUUCAUGACACUUUGCUGUUUA